AUGUCUGGCUUUAGAGGAAGAGGGCGAGGGCGUGGCGGUGGUGCUGCUGCUACAGGACCACCAAAGGGACUCUUCAUCAACGGGAUAUGGCAUUGUGAUUGCAAUCCACGUGAGCCUGCAAUCCAUUUCGAGACGAAAAAGGCUGGCCCAAAUAAAGGAAGAUGGUUCCGCUCCUGCCAGAAACCAGACGGCGCACGAUGUGGCUUCUUUCUUUGGGAUGACCAAGCACAACCGCGUGAGCAGGCAGUCCUUAUGAACAACUCUCGCACCGAGCCAAGCCCCAUCACACCCUCGAAACGGCAGCAAUCCCCUCCUCCGCCGUAUACAGUGGAAAUAAAUCCUUCAGCAUCGAAUAGUCGCAAACGCCCUCGCUCCGACCGUAAUCAAUCAGACGAAUAUGGACUCGAGCAAGCCGAUGAUGACUUCAAUACCGAGCUGAACCAAGUCAUGACCGAGGUGGAAACUCCCAACAAAGCCGCCAAGACGUCAAGUGUCGCUACACCAAGCAGGCGCAAACUUCCAUGGCAGCCGCAUGGUAGCUCACACGGAUUACAAACACCUCAGACAGAUCGCAAAGCCUCUGGUGAUGCGUCUGCCUUCAGCAAGUCAAUUGCAGGCAGGUCAUUGUUUACUCCGUCCGAAGCAGACGAGAGUGAUUCUCAUCAGGCAGCCACAUCUGUAUUGUCCUGCGAAACACCGACGCCUGUCCGUUUCAAGAAUGUUGGUGUCGAAGAUUUGGUUGGCGAGGUGCUUGCCCUUUUGCGAGAAAGUAACACUCAGCUUAAAUCUCACACAGAGAGCGACAUUAGGGCCCUUCUAGCAAAGCACUCAAAGAGCGCCGAGGGUUACAAAAGGGGCCGUGAUGUCCUCAGGACAACAAUCAAAGCAAAAGAUGCGAAAAUUACAGAACUGAAUUUCCGCAUCAAUACUCUUGAGGCUGAGUUAGAAGCAGAGAAAGCAAUGGUGAAGCAUCUUCAAUGGGAAGCCCAAGGCGAUGUUCCAAACACUUGA